AUGAAUCAACAAGCCUAUAUACUAUUCACUCUGUUUACUUGGUCUUUGAAUGGUCAGAAGGAGGGCGACCUGGUCUUCUUCCCUGCAUCCCCACUGCCAGGCACCUGGUGUCCUCUGACGCGGUUCCUCCGUGGUCGCCCCUCUGCAGAGCCGGACCGUCGCACUCCGGAGGAGCUGGAGGUGAGCUCGGAGGAGGUCACAGAAGCUCCCGGAGAAGCGCUGCACAUACGAAGUCUGGCAGGAAAGUUGGUCUUCUCAGCGCCUAAGAAGGGCCUGGGACACUUGGUCGACGUGCUGCAUGAGUGCGCCAAGCAGAUGAGGACCUCGCCGCGCCGGCUGGAGCUCGUCAUGGGCACUGAGAAGCUCUCGAAGGAGGCAGAGUUCCAGAAAGCCUUGGAGGAGGAGGACGCCCUGGAGCUUCUGGCGCUGGUGGGCCCCGAACCUGCGCCUGAGGCGGAUCAGCCGCGGGAGGCGAUCCCGGAGGAGGUGCCCGGCGAGCAUCGAGAUGGCAGCUGCACCUUCCAGAAAGCUUUGAAGAUGAUGAUGUCCAAGUCACGGCCCAAGUGA